AGAACAGCACGCGUAUUCUGUAUCCUCUAAGAAAGAAAUUUCUUUCUAUAAACUCUUUAUCGCACUUUACCCUAUUCUGCAAGAUGAUUCGGCAGCGCUCGGGUUGCACGAAGGCAUUGUUCGGUAUAAAGGAAUAGAAAGACAAAAUUACCUCUUUCUAUUAUUCUUGUCUCUUUUUAACACACGCGUACUUAUUGCAUCUUUGUCGGCAGUCCGCAUGUUGUCUACAUUACGUAAAAGUGGGGUUAACGACGGUUAAUAAUAAUCAUCUACAAUUUAAUACCAAACUACUUAAUUUUUAAAUAACAUUUUCCAGAUAAACGGGAUUUUAAGACUCAUCCUCACCAGUGGAGCACUAUUGUGGACUUUGGAGAAGAGCAUCCCACAAUUUUUAGACCACAAUUCAAGCAUGGUGACGGUGAUGCUAAACAAAAUGCGAUAUGUUGGGAGAAUCUAGUACAAUCAUUGAAUUCGAUGGGAUUUGGGUUUAGGAGUGUGGAGAAAUGGACAAUGGCUGUUGGUAGAUGGAAAUCUAAGGUUAAGGCAAAAGCAGCACAGCUGAGGAUCGAGAGCCAAAAAACUGGUGGUGGCUGUUUAAAUGCUGCUCCGUUAACAGACACAGAGGCGCGACUAAUGAAAUUAAUUGGUUGGAAAUCACGUAGUCUCCUAGACGCCACAUGUUCGUUUGUGUUAGAAACAUCGUGUGAUCUGAUAUGGCCGGUCCGUCGAAAAGAAUUCGUUUUGAGGAUGAUAAGUUUGAAGAAACUGUUCUACAGUGGUAUAAUGAAGUUGAUAGUGAUGCGAGUGAUGUUGACAGUGCGCCAGAAGAUGAAGUUAUUGAAUCUGAACACGACACGGCUUCUGACUUUUCUGAAGAAGACUGUAAUGAAAGGAUCCAUCCGGCCCAUCGCAGCACACCAGCCACUGCCAGAAUUGAAACCCUUCAUAGAAGAAAACACCAGUAAUACUGCAACACCAGAUCCUCAACCUUCUUGCAGCACAGUAUCGAAGUCGCCUCCAACACUAAGGUUACUUAAUCAAGAACCAGCCAGAAAACCGAUAGAGUGCAAGGAGCGUUGGAAAAAUGUGAGAGGACGCUAUACAAAAUACAAAAAUCAGUCAAAACUGCCCUCUGGAUCAGGUGCUAAACAUAUUAAAGAAUACUACUUAGCUAGCCACCUUCGUUUUUUGGACUCUUUCGUGAGGUCACGUCCAAACAAAAGCAACAUUAAGUCUACCCAGGAGGAAGCAAGAGAGAGUGAAGAAGAAAAUCAAGAUGAGGAUAUGGAUGAAAAGUUGGAUGAAACCGAAUCUUCUGGGAAAGAUACACCAAGUACAAAAAUGCCUCCUCCACUCCUGGAACGGAACGAAAUUAAAAUCAUCAAAUAUAGAUGA